AUGUCAAAUCCUAUAAAGCUUGAAUUUGUGGCUCUUGAUAUUACUGGCAAGAACUAUCUAUCUUGGAUUCUAGAUGUGGAAAUCCAUUUAGAUGCUAUGGGUCUUGGAGACACAAUCAAAGAAGAAAAUAAAGCAUCCAAUCAGGAUAAGGCAAAAGCAAUGAUUUUCCUUCGUCACCAUCUUCAUGAAGGAUUAAAAAUGGAGUAUCUCACAAUAAAAGAUCCAGUCAAUCUUUGGAAAAGUCUAAAAGAAAAAUAUGACCACAAGAAAAUAGUAAUUCUGCCAAAAGCGCGUUAUGAUUGGAUGCAUCUACGAUUGCAAGAUUUUAAAACUGUAAGUGAGUAUAACUCAGCAUUGUAUAGAAUUAGUUCUAAACUAAAAUUGUGUGGAGAAAAUGUGACUGAUGCUGAUUUGUUAGAGAAAACAUUCUCUACUUUUCACACCUUAUAUGUGCUCCUACAGCAGCAAUAUCGUGAAAAAGGCUUUAAGAAAUACUCUGAACUGAUUUCAUGUCCCCUCGUGGUUGAGGAAAAUAAUGAGCUAUUGAUGAAAACUCAUGAAUCUCACCCAACUAGUUCUACUCCAUUCCCUGAAGUAAAUGUGACAUCAUUUAGAAAUUUUGGUCGUGGUAGUGAUCGUAAUCAUGGUCGUAAUCGUGGACGUGGAAAAGGUCAUCAUCAUUAUCGCAGUCGUAGUGGUUAUACAAAUUAUUAUUCUGAUAAUAAGAAUACCCAUCAAAAGUGGAUGAAUAGUGAAGAGAUAUAA